AUUCCUUUUCAAUUUUACUUCGAUAGAGAUAACAGCUGCCGUCCAUCUCUGAUUCCCUUCCCACUUUUCAGUCGACGUCUCUCUCCCCCACUGCUGAGUGCCGAGACUGCCGGCAGCCAAGUCGGAGACACCCAUCCCUCUUCCCAGUUGGCGUCUGCGACAUCGCCUUUUCACUCCUCAGUCGACGACAACUCUUCCCUCUCCCCAGUCGGCGACAUCUCUCUUCCUCUCCCCGGUCGGCGACAACUUCUUUCUUUCGUUGAAUCGGUUAUUUUAGUAAUCAAGAUUUGACUGGAACUCUCCUCAGAUUCACUAUAAAGAGGCGAGCAAAGUCAGCAAAGAAGACAGCAGAUAGAGGGGAAAAAACUAAGAGCGGUAGCUAUGUCUUUCAUGAGAGGAGAUUUGCUGACAAGAACCAGAAAGCUCGUCAAGGGCUUGGCCAAAGCUGAGCCUGCUUGGCUCAAAGCCAUGGAACAGGCCCCACCUGCAACAUUUCCUCGCACUGACGGGAAAGUAAAGAAAAUCAGUCUCCCAGAGGAUCCUCAUGUAAAUACUUUCUUCAAGUUGCAUCCAAAUUCAAUAUAUGACGAUGCCAUUAAGAUUUCUGGUUUUGAAGCCCCUCCAGCCCGUGUAUUUGGUUUGCGGAUGCUCGAGUUGAUGGAGCAGGGAGUUGGACGGGAGGAAGCUCUGGAUGUAGCCAAUAUGGAAUAUCUGGCAGAGAAAAAGGCAAAAAAGAAGGCAUAUACUCGAUUGAAACAAAUUGCCCGUGCUCAGGGAAAAAGACCACCUCCUAAUCCAUAUCCUAGUGCAGUUAAGGAGGUGCAAGAUGAAGAGAGGAAGUAUGUUCGUGAUCGUUUCUUCAAUCCCAAUGUUCGUCAAAUUCUGAACAGGAUGAAAGAAGAGAAGGCAAUAGCAUUUGAGGCACGUGAUGGGGAGAGAGGUGGCUGGUAAUGCUAGAAUAACUCGUCUUUUGCUUCAAUAGCUUCGGUUGCAAUAAUUAGCGGAGCUGCAGGAGAGAUCAUUUAUGGCAUUGAAUGUUUCUUUGUUAUCAUCAAAAUUCUUUGAUGCUUGCACAUUUUACUUCUCUGUUUUGCAUUUUAUUUGUUUUGGGAGAAAGGGGGACUGGGAGAGUCCCAGAAUUUGUUAUUGUUGGUUCUUUGCAAGCUAGCUGUUGAUCUUCUGUUGAGAAGCUAUUUGAGCUCUUUCAUUUGCUUGUUCA